CCAUCAGAUGCUGCAAUUAAUAGCAGUUUGCCUUUUGAUAGGCACAGUUCAAUCCGGCGGUUAUGCUGGAGGGCCUGUCGGUGGAGCAGGAGGUGUCGGACCAUCAUCAGCUGUUCAAGGAGGUGGCGGAUCAUUUUCAUCUGGACCCGAUUUCAACCCGAUUCUACUUCAAGGACAGCGUGGAUACCCAGGGCUGCGUGCUCGUUUGAAUUCCAGAGCUUUCCAAUAUGCUAGCACUCUUGUCGGUGGAAUCUUGAAUACUGAAAUCAAGAAGGCUCGCAUUCCUCCAAUUUCUCAAUGUAUCCCAAUGGUGCAAGGAUGUGUCAACAUUUACAACUUGUACGUCUCCCGUUACAGAUGCCCACAGAGAGUUGUCCUGUAUCCAGCUCCACCAAACAGAAUUGUUCUUCAAGUGCAGAAUGUUGACUUGGGAGUGACUGGAAACUUGGGUGGACAAAUCGUUGUACUUCUUCCAAUUGCCCUGUCUGGAAUUGUUCAAUUAAACAUUCACCAAGCUACUAUCACUGUCCAGUUGGCAAUUGAAAGAGGUCCACGAGGACCUUAUGUUCGUCUUUUGUCAUGUGAUAUGCAAAUUGGUUAUGCUGAUGCAUACAUUGAGAAUGGAGGACUUGUUGGAGAUAUUGUUAAUAGUCAGUUCAGAAGUCAAAUCUCAAACCAAGUUCGUCAAAUGAUUCCUGGACAAGUUUGUGGUCAACUUCCAACUAUUAUCAAUGAAAAGAUUAACUCGAAACUUGGAGCUCUUCCACAAACUGUUGCUCUUCAACAAAUGAUCUCCUUGUUUGGAGGAGCUCUCGGACUUGGUGGAGGAGGAGGUGGAACUUGCCCAUCAACGUGUCCAAAGCAGCCAGUAUUCAUUCCAUCAACAAAUUCGCAAUCAUCCCAAUCUGCUCCAGCUCCAGCUGCUCUUCCAGCAGCUCCAAUCGCCGGGGGAUCUGCACCAGCCCCACAAAUUCCAACAACCGCCUACUCCGAGGGUGCUCGCAGAGCUGCCGCUGUCAGAACUCUCCAGCAACUUCAGGCUCUUCGCUAUCCAAGAAGCACAAUCGGACAAAAUAUUACUCAACACUUGGUACUUCCACAAGGAAUCGGAAGACAACGGAUGUAUGCAGCAACUAUCAGAGCUGCUGGAGUUGGACAAUAUCAGGCUGGAGGACAAGGAGCACAAGUUGCUACAUACACUAACAUUGGAGCUCGACCAAAAUAUCCACCACCACCAACUAUUGCUGGAGGCCCAGUUGCAGUUCAACCUCCUCCAGAUUGCUCAAAAUGCUCUGCAGCUGGUGGAGGUGGUGAUGAUCCAGCAUCUUUCCUUCGCCAAAUUGCUGGUCAUCUCGACAUGAGCAAACUAAACGAUUUGUAUCUUUCUCUUCAAUAUAUUCAAUCUUAUGCAACUUCUAAUGAUUAUUCAAUUGAUUUGACUGGGGAAUUCUCUCCAUACGGACAAGGUGGAACACCAUUCGGACCAUUCCCAACUCAAUUCCCAUAUUAUGGAGGUCAAAUGGCUGAGUUUAUUGUAACUGAUUACACUGUUAAUUCCCUCUUCUACUGGCUUCAUCGCAAACAAUUUUUAUCAUUCCGAAUUGGACCAGAGACCCCAAAGAUUGGAGAACUUUUGAAGACUACUUGCUCAGAUGAUGAAGAUGAUUUGGAGGCUACUGAAGUGGAAUUAGACGAAGAAGAAGCUCGAAGAAGAAGACGAUUGGCAAAGGAAAAAGCAAAAUAUCGAUUGAGAAGAGGAGUUCAUUCAAAUGCCACGUUUGUUAUGUCAAUCAGACCAAGUAGACACGUUGCAAGCCAUACAUCAAGCCCAGCAAUUGUGGCAGCUACAAAUGAAACGACAAAGUUGAGAACAAAGAGAAAGAGAGAUUCAAGAAGAAGACGCCAAGAAGACACUGCUGGACUUGCCGACCUCGGAAUCUGUUUUGGAGAUAUCCUUCCAGCUGUCCGUGAAAAAUAUCCAAACCAGAAAAUUGCCGUUCAAAUCAGAACUGUUCGUGCUCCAUCUGUCAUUCUUUCUUCUGCUAAAGGAGGAAUGGUUACACUCGAUUUGAUUGCUGAUGCUGAUAUCUACAUUGAUCAGACAAACACGAAAGUUGGAACAAUCACAAUUGCUGCCACUGUAGUGUUGACUGUCCGAAUUGGAGGAGGACGACUCUCCGGAACUGCUGAAAUUACACAGCUUCAUCUUUCCGAUAGAACUGGAACACUUGGGCUUCCACAAGAUGCACUCGAUAAUUUGGGAAAUCUUGGAAAGGAAUUGUUGCAGAAGGUUGCUAAUGAUGGACUCCAAAAGGGAAUAGCCAUUUCAAUUCCACAAAAUCUACCACUCCCAAUCGGAAUUAUCAAUCCAGAUGUUCAUAUUGUUGAACAUGGACUUCACAUUGCCACAGACUUUACAAUUUCCCCAUCACUCCUUGGAGCUGGUGGAGGUGGAUGUUAGAAGUUUUAGCUAUUCUACUUUCAUACACUUUUGUUUAUUUCCCAAAUUCGGCCAUUUCCUUCUCUUUUUUGUUGAUGAUCCACUGUUCUUUUGCUUUAAAAUAGUGCCUCUUCUCUAUUUCAAUCUUUCAAUUAUGUAGCUGUAUAUAACGAGAUCAAAGUUUUCUUCGAAAAUAAGUUAUUUUCCGUCCAUUCCCUCCCUCAAAUUGCUCAAUUCUCAUUUAUUCCUUAAUUUUUUCUUCUAAUAAUUGUACUAUUAGUUGAUUGCUCACCUUGUAUUUUUGGAAAUAAAGAACCCAAAAUCAUUAUAAUAUUUUUCUAAAACUCUGGCUAGCGCUGAAAUGACCUAUUUUUGUUUGUUCUUUCAUUUUUUAUGAAUAAUCAAUAAAACAUUCAUGUAAUCUUCC